AUGGUGAAGAAAGUAUCGUCCGCGCACAAGCUCGGGCCGUUACAGCGGAAUAUGGACAAAAAAGUGUCGAAGUUGGUUUUGCAGCUGCUAGAUGAAAGAACACAAGAGAUGAAAGCAAAAGGGCAGACAAUCGGCCCAUUCAGCGUCGCUUUGGUGCGAAACUUGAGCGAGGUAGAGAUAGUGAAGUAUGCACAGAGUCAGGACAGGUCGUUUGGCCGAGUCAAGGAGGAGAAUAUACGCAAAUCGGUGCAAAGAACGUUGAAACCGUUAUUGCAGGAGGAGGAGGAAGAGAUCAAGAAUCUUGGAAUAAACCCGGACACACUUUUGCAUUCGGAGGAUGUGGAUGAUAACAACGAGCCGUUGAUGGAGGUGCAGGACCUAAACAAGGCGAACAAGAGCAUAGUGGAGAUGUGGAAGGAAGGUGCGAAGGAAGGGAGUGAAAAAUUGAAGAGUGACAGAGAUACAGACAGCGAAACAAGGGCAAACUCCACUCGGAGCACUGGGAACGGCAGAGUGGGGGAUGCAGAAGUCAGCGAUGAUGAUAAAAGAGGAAAGAAGCGGGUGAAGCACGGCGGUGCAGGCGGUGCAGGCGGAGAAACCAAGAGAAAGAGAGUUUCGAAGAAAGAUCGGUCUCCGCCGAAUAUAAGGCUAAGUUCGCUGGGAGGGCUUGAUGACGUGAUCACAGAGCUCAUGGAGACGGUUGGAAUGCCGAUAUUGCACCCGGAGAUAUACAGUGCGACCGGGAUUGAGCCUCCGAGAGGGGUUCUGCUUCACGGACCGCCGGGAUGUGGAAAAACGACAAUUGCGAAUGCCUUGGCAGGCGAACUUCAAGUCCCGUUCAUCCCGGUUAGUGCACCGUCGGUUGUUAGCGGUAUGUCCGGGGAGAGCGAGAAGAAAGUGCGGGAAAUCUUUGCUGAGGCAAAGAGAAUUGCCCCGUGUCUCGUUUUCAUAGAUGAAAUAGACGCAAUCACGCCGAAAAGGGACGGUGGGGCGCAGCGGGAGAUGGAGAAACGGAUUGUGGCGCAGCUGUUGACCUGCCUUGACGAUCUCAGUUUGGAAAAAACAGGCGGCAGGCCCGUGAUCGUGAUCGGAGCAACAAACAGGCCGGACUCACUUGACACAGCCUUGAGACGUGCAGGCCGGUUUGACCGCGAGAUAUGCAUCAGUGUGCCCGAUGAGGAGGCCCGCGCGCGCAUAUUGGAGUCGAUGACGCACGGCUUGAAGAUAAGCGGCAGUCUUGGCACGGCGGAGAUUGCAAAGCUAACCCCCGGCUUUGUUGGUGCCGAUUUGAAGGCACUAGUGACUGCUGCCGGUGUGGCGGCGAUCAAGCGGAUAUUUUCGAUAUUUGCGGGUGCCAAAGUGCCCAUUGGCAACGAUGCAGAUGAUGCAGAUGCAGAUGCAAUAGGUAAUAUGCUUAUCAGUAAUGCCGAUGCAGAUGCAAUGGGUAACAUGCCCAGCACCAAUGCGGAUGGAAAUGCAAUUGGUAACAUGCUUAUCAGCAAUGCAGAUGAGGAUGCAAUGGAUGUGGAUGCAGGCGAAAAUCACUUAACUCCCCAUUCUCAAGUGGACCCGCGUGUCAGCCGGCUUCCACACUCGGUAAUCCAGAAGUUUCUAGAAACCCACCCCCAGCCGUUGACGGAGCAGGAGUUGGCUCCAUUGUGCAUCACAAAGGCUGAUUUCUUGAGUGCGUUGCCGACGAUCCAGCCCACAGCCAAAAGAGAAGGCUUUGCGACGAUUCCAGACGUCACAUGGGACCAUGUUGGAGCUUUGAGGAGCGUGCGAGUGGAGCUUCACAUGGCGAUUGUUCAGCCCAUCAAGCGGCCGGAUCUAUACCGGAAAGUAGGCAUCACAGCACCCGGAGGAGUGCUCAUGUGGGGUCCGCCGGGCUGUGGUAAGACGUUGCUAGCCAAAGCGGUUGCAAACGAGUCGAAGGCCAACUUCAUCUCGGUCAAGGGUCCCGAGUUGUUGAAUAAGUUUGUGGGUGAGUCCGAGCGCGCCGUCAGGAAAGUCUUUUCGAGAGCAAGAGCGUCUGUUCCAUGCAUCAUCUUCUUCGAUGAGUUGGAUGCACUCGUUCCGCGGCGAGAUUCCGCACUCAGUGAGGCCAGCAGCCGAGUUGUCAACACGCUUUUGACCGAGCUUGAUGGUCUCAACGAUAGACACGGCAUCUUUGUCAUUGGUGCCACCAACAGGCCCGAUAUGAUAGAUCCGGCCAUGCUCCGUCCUGGCCGGCUUGACAAGACUUUGUACGUGCAACUUCCGUCUCCUGACGAGAGAUUCGAGAUUUUGAAGACCAUCGUUAGGGCCAACCACACUCCCGUUGCCCCGUCUGUCGAUCUUUCGGCCAUUUCGCGCGACCACCGCUGCAAGAACUUCUCGGGAGCAGACAUCUCGUCACUCGUCAAGGAGGCCAGUGUGCGAUCGUUGAAGCGGGUGUUUUUCAAGGAGAUAGGCCAGGGGAUCGAGACCGUUAGCGAUUCCAUCCCUGCAGACGGCAUAGUUGUGUCUCGGGAUGAUUUCGAGAGUGCUUUAAGUGCUGUCAAGCCGUCUGUCAGUGAUCGCGACAGACUGAGGUACGAGAGGCUCAAUAGACAGUGGAGCAAGGCCUCCAUACAGAAGGAGGCUGAUGAGAAGCCUGCCGAGGCUUGA